AUGGCAUCCAACGCUGUAAUUGAGCGAAGAAACAAACAGAUACAGGAUGCUAUAGACGGACAGAACCUGAAGCAGGCAUUACAGUUGUGUGAAAAGCGGCUGAAAAAAGGCGAGGACUCGUCCUUUUUGAAGGCAUGGAAAGCAAAUAUCCUCUUUAGUCAUGCCGACGAGGCGCAUCGCCAGCGCGGUGUCGCGGAAACUCUACAGCUGUGUAGCGCUUCCCCGCCUGUCUCCGACCUCGAGGCCCUGAAUAUACUGCACAGCACGCUGAAUGAGAUAGGAGAACAUGAAGAAAUGGCUCGAGCCUUGUGGCAGAAUGCUGCCAAAGCGAAACCCCAAGAUCUGGAGGUCCAAUUAAGGUGGUUCAAGGUUGCAUCAGAUGGCGGAGAUUGGAAGACAGCUCAAAAGGCGGCCAUGAGUCUACAAAACAACUUUCCAAAGGCUAGAAAAUACUACUUCUGGGCCAUCUUUAUGUGUUACUUAAUUGAACGAGACACGACAAGCUCGGAUAAUGAGCGAAAGCUAUUUGGUACUCUGGCGUAUCGCAUGAUAUCCAAAGCAGCAGGCAGCGUACCAACAGACCCGAAGGAGCUGUUAAGCAUACCGCGAGCAAUUCAGACUGCGGAAGAGUUAUACUUGUUAAUUAAAAUAUACGACAGCCAAUCUCGCCACAAGGAGCUUGUUGAAAUACUCAACAGUGAACACCUAGGAGUUACCUCUCGCAUUGCCCAGAAUGAAUGGCUGUUUUUUACAAACAAGCUAUCAGUAAUUGAGAAGAGCGGUUUAUGGGAACAAGCUUUAGCGUUCACAAAAGAAUUGCUAACGCUUGACGACAGUGUAACAGCAGAAUCGAAGCCGGAUGCCAGAUAUGAAGAGAGAGAUGAUUGGAAAGUGUGGAAUCUCCUCCUCCUUGCCACAAGGAAAGUAGAGAAGCAAGAUGCCUUCCAAGACACCACAGAGAUCAUUUCAAACUAUAUAAAGAAACGCCCGGCUUCAAGGAACGCCCAGCUAGCUAACCUUGAAUUGAAGCUGCAAGGAACUGAAAUAGGGAAAUCCACUCCUGAUGAAGUGCUCUCUGGUUGCAUCGAAUAUUUCAGGCGUAACCAACGGAAAAUAUACUGCUUCAAUGACCUGCAAAGGUAUCUCACUGAUUUGGAUACAGGCCUCUAUUCGAAAUUUGAGAGUGAAGUGUCCAAGAUUGUAGAGGAGGCUACUAAGUCCAGUGCAAUUCCUAAAAUCAAUGCAUACAAACUGGAGUAUUGUUUCAGACUUGGAUUCGAGAACACCAAGGCUGCAAUCACAAAUGUGGAGAAUUUCGUCUGUCGCUGCUUACACGACUUCAAGGAGGCCGGGAGAGCUGAUGCUGGCGAUACGCCUUCAACCAUUGAAGCAGAGCCAACAGACGAUCUUUGCCUGCUGGCUGCGAUGGCCUUGAUACGCUUACAUGAGACUGUAUCUGGUUUGCCAACCAACUAUGUUUUAGUCCAAUCGGCUGGAAUACUUGAACAUCUAUUGCUCAAAUCGCCACACAACUACGAAGCCCUGUUAUUGCUUGUCCGGAUAUACCUGCUACUCGGUGCUGGAUCCCUUGCCCUGAGGAAAUUUUCCAAACUCUCUGUCAAGCAAAUACAGUACGAGACAGUUGCGCAUAACUUAUUUACACGUCUUGCAACGAUUCACCCCCAAAGUGCACCCCCAUCGUUAGACCUCGACAGAAAGGACUACGACCCGCAAGCGGGUCUCAGACAGGCGUUAUCCUUUUACCGAAACGCAGAGAGCGCGACCACGUAUUCUCAGACAACGGGCUUAGACAAUGGCAGCUACAUCAAUGUGGAAGGGAGCAUCGAACUCCGGAAUGACUUAAAAAAUAGCUUGUGCAGGAAAAUGUGGGCUUUGGAAGCAAGACGCCUUCAGCGACUCGUUGGUGGGCCAUCGGUAAGCCAGUAUGAGAAGAUUGUACUCAAUGAAAGCCCUCUUUCAGACAAGCGUAGCUUUGAGGGUUUCAUGAACUGUGAGCCUCGCGGAAAGCCAGCCUUUGAAGAGUACGUUAGGCUAGGACCAUUGCAAAAGACUCAAGCAAUCAACGCAAUGGCUGUCACAGACGCCUUGUUUAGCUUCUUAACUAUGGUUUCGUCAAAAGCAUCGAAAUCAAAGCUUGGUUCAAAACACCUCGAUUUCGACAUUGAUUGCGCAAAAAAUCAACUCACAUCAGCAGAAAAGACGAACGUACACAUUCAUCUUCUUCUAUUGAAAUGUCUAGCAAUACUUACAGGGGAGUCUCCAGCGGACUCCGGCACAGUCGAUAAUACCCUAUCAAAGGUGGAUAGCUACCUUGAGGAAAGGCUGAAAGACCUGAUUACUCCGGACUUUAAAACAAAUGGGACAAUAGACUUGACUCCUAACUCUACCACUGCAUCCCCUGCUCCAUCAUGGGUUUUCUUACACGAGGCCAUCCUAUUACUUGAGACGUUAAUGGCUAUAAUGCUAUUCAUCUCAUUUAUAGGCAAGAACAAGCCCUACACUUCAGGAGACGGCAAAAUUAAGCUUACUGCGCUCAAGGAUCGCGUGAAGGCGGUUACGAAUGAAGUGAAAGUCCAAUGUCAUGGACUGAAGACACGAAUUUCGAGCUCUGGGAUGCUUGGCCAUCUUGUUGAUAUUGUGCAUAUGAGACCACGAGGCCGGACAGAGACAGAAACUUCCGAAGGUGGUCGAAUGCUUGAUACUGAGAUCGAAGGGCUCAUGGACUCUGCAUCCCUGGAGUUAUUCUGUGGCUCAUUGAUGGAGAGCUGGGAAAAUGCUCUUGACGGCGUUAUCUCCAUUUGUUCUACACUCCGAUGA